CAGAGUUCAGACUCCAUUUUGACAGAAGAACAGAAGACGUCUGGUUCAGGACUGACUGAAGUUCACAGGAUGAGUGUGAGUGUGGAUGAAGAGGAGGACGGAGCAGAGUUAUCCCAUGAUACAAACAGGGGUUUGUCCAUAAAGGAACCUCCAGGGGGCAGUAAUGAACCAGGACCCUCUGAUCCACAAGGUCAGUAUAACAGACCCAGAGCAGAGUCUCCAGUGUCCACAUGUCUGUCCAUGAAGAGUGACCGGUCCAGGAGACAUCCUCCAGACUUUAGUCGUGAACCUGGACCUUCAGACACACAAGGUCAGUAUAACAGACCCAGAGCAGAGUCUCCAGUGUCCACAUGUCUGUCCAUGAAGAGUGACCGGUCCAAGAAUCAUCCUCCUGGGUUUAGUCGUGAACCUGGACCUUCAGACACAGAAGAGACGGAGAGGACUCAUGUUCCUGAGGUGGACCCAGCGUCCUGUUCUUUGUGUCAGAAGGUCCAGAGCGAUCCGGUCCGGACCAGCUGCGGACACUGGUUGUGCAGACAGUGCAUCACUUCAUACUGGGACCAGUCUGGUUCCUCAGGAGACUCCUCCUGUCCCCAGUGUGAAGAAACAUCCAGAACAAGAGCUGAGCUGCAGAUCCACAGCUCUGUCCAAAUUGAACAUAAACUCAGUCUGAGGAGCAGAUGUGAAUGUGUGACUGAAGGAACUGAGGAAACAGGAAGUAGAACCCGUCUAAACCGGAUCUACACUGAGCUCUACAUCACAGAGGGACAGAGUGAAGACGUUCAUACCCAACAUGAGGUGAGGACGCUGGAGACAGUUUCCAAGAAGAUGAUCCAAGAAAGGCCAAUCAGGUGUCAGGACAUCUUCAAAGCCUUACCCGAGCAGCAGAAACCCAUCAGAGUGGUUCUGACCAACGGCGUGGCUGGAGUUGGAAAAACCUUCUCGGUGCUGAAGUUCACUCUGGACUGGGCCGAGGGUUUAGAAAACCAGGACGUCAGUCUGGUGGUUCCGCUGUCCUUCAGAGAGCUGAACCUGGUCUCAGAUGAGCAGUACAGUCUGCUGACGCUGCUCCAUGUUUUCCAUCCAACAUUACAGAAGGUCACAGCAGAGCAGAUCAGCGUCUGCAAACUUGUGUUCAUCUGCGACGGCCUGGAUGAAAGCAGACUGUCACUGGAUUUCCACCACUGUCAGGUUGUUUCAGACGUCACUCAGAAGUCAUCAGUCAACGUCCUGUUGACCAACCUCAUCAAGGGGAACCUGCUUCCAUCAGCUCUGAUCUGGAUAACAUCUAGACCUGCAGCAGCCAAUCAGAUCCCUCCUUCAUGUGUGGACAGGGUAACAGAGGUCCGAGGCUUCACCACUGAUGACCAGAAGGAGGAGUACUUCAAGAAGAGAUCCACCUCUGAAGAUCUGUCCAACAAAAUGAUCUCACACAUCAAGACAUCCAGGAGCCUCCACAUCAUGUGUCAAAUCCCAGUCUUCUGCUGGAUCAGUUCUACAGUUCUGGAGCACAUGUUGACUUCAGAGCAGAGAGAAGAGCUGCCCAAGACCCUGACAGACCUGUACUCACACUUCAUCAUGGUCCAGACAAAGAGGAAGAACAAGUACACAAAAGGACAUGAAACAAGUCUAGAAGAGCUGACAAAGGCAGACAUGGAAGUCCUUCUGAAGUUGGGGAGGCUGGCGUUUGAACAACUGGAGAAAAGAAACAUGAUGUUCUACCAAGAAGACCUGGACCAGUGUGGUCUGGACGUCACAGAGGUCUUGGUGUACUCAGGAGUUUGUACAGAGAUCUUCAAAACAGAGACUGUGAUCUUCCAGAAAACAAUCUACAGCUUUGUUCACCUGAGUGUUCAGGAGUUUCUGGCUGCAGUCUACUUCUACCACUGUUACACCAGCAACAACACAGAGGUUCUGGAGAAGUUUAUGGGAGACUCAGCUUUCACAAACAUGUUCAGGUAUUUCACAGUCAGUGACAUCCUCAGUUACAGCCUGGAUGUUUUCCUCAGAAAAGUCAUGAAAAAAUCCCUUCAGAGUGAGAACGGACACCUGGAUCUGUUUGUUCGUUUCCUUCAUGGCCUCUGUCUGGAGUCCAACCACAGACUUUUAGGAGGUCUGCUGGGUCCAAAAGAGAACAGACCAGAGAGCAUCCAUAAAGUCAUCAUGAAUCUGAAGCAGAUGAACACUAGGAACAUCUGUCCUGACAGAAGCAUCAACAUCUUCCACUGUCUGAUGGAGAUGAAGGACCAAACAGUCCAUCAGGAGAUCCAAGAGUUCCUGAAGUCAGAGAACAGAUCACAGAAGAAACUGUCUGAGAUCCAGUGUUCAGCUCUGGCCUACAUGUUGCAGAUGUCAGAGGAGGUUCUGGAUGAACUGGACCUGAAGAAGUACUACACAUCAGAUAAAGGAAGACGCAGACUGAUCCCAGCUGUGAGGAACUGCAGAGAGGCCAUACUUUCUUCCUGUAGACUCUCACAGACUCACUGUGAAGUUGUGGUCUCAGCUCUGAAGUCUAAUCCUUCACAUCUGAGACUUUUGGAUCUGAGUUACAACGACCUACAGGAUUCAGGAGUGAAACUGGCGUCUGGACUGGAGAGUCCAAACUGCAGACUGGAAACUCUGAGGUUGAAAUACUGCCGUUUAUCACAGAUCAGCUGUUCUUCUGUGGCCUCAGCUCUGAAGUCCAAUCCUUCACAUCUGAUAAAACUGGAUCUGAGUGAAAACAACCUCCAGAAUUCAUCACUGAAGGAGCUGUGUGAUUUCCUGCAGAGUCCACAUUGUAAACUACAGGAUCUGAGGUUGGAUUAUUGCAGUUUAUCACAGAUCAGCUGUUCUUCUGUGGCCUCAGCUCUGAAGUCCAAUCCUUCACAUCUGAUAGAACUGAGUCUGAGUGUAAACAACCUCCAGGAUUCAUCAGUGAAGGAGCUGUGUGAUUUCCUGCAGAGUCCACAUUGUAAACUACAGUAUCUGGGGUUGAGGGGCUGCAGUUUGUCCAAAAUCAGCUGUUCUUAUCUGGCAGCAGCUCUGAAGUCCAAUCCCUCACAUCUGAUAAAACUCAACUUACGUCAGAACAACCUGAAGGAUUCAGAUGUUAAAGAACUGGAGGACCUUGUUCAGAGUCCACACUGUAAACUGAAGAAACUCGUAUGGAGGUGAUCUGUGGAACAGUCACUGUGAUCAGGACUGUGUGAGGAUCAGCUGAGUCCAGAUGAUCGACAGAUGUGAAAGCAGCAGCACAUCCUCACUUCUUCUCCUCCACUCCUCAGUUCUUCUCCUCCACUCCUCACUUCUUCUCCUCCACUCCUCAGUUCUUCUCCUCCACUCCUCACCCCUCCCUCUGAUGAUGUCACAGAAGGUGAGGCAGACUUCCUGUAGCUCCGCCUCCUCAGUCCAUCAUGUGACUUUAAAGGCGGUGAAACAUCCUUCCAGAUGAUUCUCUGAGAUGGAUUCAUGAGGAACCACGAAGCACCGAGGAGUGGAGGAGCUGAAACAGAAGGAACUGACCAGAGGUUUUUCAUUGGAUGUACAGUCAGUGAACCGGCGUGUUCUGUGGAUAGCACUGAGUUAUUUUGUGCUGCCACCCUGUGGACUAAUGGAGAACUACACUGUAUACCUGAAAACUGGACCUGUGAUCAGGCAAGGGACUAUUUUUGGUCAUUUCCAAAUACAUGACAAGACAGUGACAUCAGCAGUUCCAGAGAGGACAGUGAGUCCAUAAUCUGAGGUCCAAUGUGGUCUCCAGGGUCUGUCAGGUCCAAUGUGGUCUCCAGGGUCUGUCAGGUCCAAUGUGGUCUCCAGGGUCUGUCAGGUCCAAUGUGGUCUCCAGGGUCUGUCAGGUCCACCUGUGCUUUGUUCAGUUCCAGUUCAUUCCAGUUUGUAGAUGACAAACGUUUUACAGUUGAUAAAAUGAUUGAUUGUGUAUUCUUUUUGUGAAGUUCAGUCCAAGAAAGUUGUUGUGUGUCUGACAUUAGUGCAGUGGUUCCAGUGGCUGCAUUUGGAACUGCCUUUAGGGCUGUGACCCAGUCAUGAUGGUGGAGUGCUGGGUUGGAGAUGGCACUGGACCAGUUUGUCCUUGACAGUUUUCCAGGCUUCUGUUUGUUUGUUUGACUUCCUGAUGAAGGCUUGAAGCCCAAACACGUUGAAGUGUUUUUUAAGGUCUACACAUGACCAUGCUGUGAAAAUAAAGGCAUGUGAAUGCUUACAGA